UGUUCAUUAUAGAAGGGAAACAGGCAUGCUGUGGUUUACUGUAUUUGGUGUUUUUGUGAUAUGUGACCUGCAUGUUAUUUGUUAUGUUGUGUUAACUCGAGAUUCAUACAGACAAAUUAUGAUCGCGUUUUAACUAUUUCGCCGUAUUUUGAAAAUACAAUCACCGUUAAAUUAAUGCUACGUUCAACAGCAUAAUACAAAUCCCGAUUAAGCACGAUUACUAUAGGCUACAGCCUACAGUAGGUAUCGAUAUUUAUGUAACCAUCGCACAUUCAUCUUGUAUUUUUUGUAUUAUUAUUGAAAGUGGUAGCGUUUGCUAUACAAUCGACUACGAUUCCCAUAAUCCUGCGAUUCAUUUUCUUCCCCCUUUCAUUUCUGUUUUUUCGAGACAUCGCCACAGUGGUCUGAAACGGCUCAAGGGUACCGGGAACUCAUUUCAGCACCAUAGCGAGGCAGCCAAAGCCUUGCGUGGGAGGGACUUGCAAAACCUUUCCAUUCAAUUACCCAAGGAACAGCAGACGGGAAUGCUAACGCGUGGAGCUAGAGAAAAGGUAUUUAAACGAGUCCGUAUGUCGAAGUCUACGAAACGAAUAGUUUUUAGGUUUAUGGAACGAAACGUAGCCUAAUUCAAUUAAUGUGAUUUUAUUUUUGUCAAUGCGAAUCCAAGAACACGGUAUUCACGAAAUGUCGUGAGACGCAACGUGGAAAUUGCAAAAGGAAAGAACGGAAAUAGCCUAAUCUAAUGGCUUCUCUGGAGCUCCUUUACAUAGAUAAAGAAGGCAGACAAUCCGAUUUUGAGACCAGCGAUUUAAAUCCGCUGCAUAUUCAUAACUCAAGUAGUUCAGUCGGAAAGACAAUUUCCAGAGAGCACCAGUUCAAUUCGGCUCAGAGGGCAUCUGCUUGCGAAGGACAAUGUAAUUCAGCACCAAGGACGGCUCCUCCGAACGGGGGGUUGUACAGCACGCACAACCAACCGGCCCCGGAGAAAGAGGUCAAAGUGUGCUGCGACGAAGAAUUAGAGACAUCUUUCACGUACGUAGACGAAAAUGUCAACCUGCAGAGGGCCAGUCCGCAGCUGUCCGGGAAGAGUCCCCAGGGAAUCUCAUGCCACAGCUCCUCUAGCGAGAUUCGUCCGGAAGGUUUCCAGGAACUCUCAAUGAUGUCCGACGACGAGCUCGCCUCGGACGCCUCGGGUAAAUCAGUGGACUACGGGUUCAUCAGCGCGGUCACGUUUCUGGUAACCGGAAUCUCGCUUGUGGCUGUCUCCUAUGCUGUCCCUCGCGACGUUAAAGUGAACCCGGAGAGCGUGUCCGCGAGGGAAAUGGAGCGGCUGGAGAAUGAGAGCGCCAGAAUUGGGGCACACUUGGACAGGUGUGUGAUAGCAGGGCUAUGCCUACUUACUUUGGGCGGGGUGGUGCUCUCCACGCUGCUGAUGAUAUCAAUGUGGAAGGGCGAAAUGUACAGGAGAAAGGCUUUUGCAUAUUCUAAACAGUCUGCCAAAUUGUACGGCUCUACCAAUCUGAGAAUGCGAUCAAGCCCAUCGCGGGCUCCUUCACAAGUGUCAAUUGAUGAGGCGGAUGUGGACACACUAACCUAAACUCUCUUAUUCAGCUAGUAGAGCACUCCCCUCCAUGUAAAUAACAAACCCCAACAAUAAAAAAUGCAGGCUUGAUUACUUUCUGUGAAAACAUACAUAGAAAUACGGUGUGUAAAACAUUUGAAGAAGCUUAUUUAUAAGUAUCAAUGCCACAGCAUUCAGCUAAUUGGUUGUGAUAUUUAAUUGAACUUUCAUAAAGGUUCCUUAUUAAUUGCAGGUCAGUGAGAUAUGUGACACAGAAUCUAUGUUAAAAUUAUUUUCACUGUUACUUUCUUUUGUGCAUGAUAACAAACUAAUUAUGUGAAAUUCUGUGCAAGUUGCAUUGGAGACUCAAUAUUUCUUUACAAAAUAGAUUGCUUAUUGAG